CGAGAGAUGACGGUGGGCGAAGGAAGUAAUUGCAGAAAGGAAAUACCAUGUAUGGCAACAUGUGUUUAGUUGUUGCCUGACUAGUUGCUUGCUCACUACUGGACCAGAUAACACAUAUACACACUGUCUCUCCUCUAUUUAUUUCUCCCACACACAAAACAAUAACACUCCUUUACAGCCUACAUUUUCUCUCUAAACAAUACUAGACAUUUUCGUAUCUCUUCUACCUUUGGUUGUGUUUGUAACCUUGUGACAGAGGAAGAGCCAUGCCACACUCUACGAUGCUGCUGGCCCAUCUUGGAAUUUACCUGAUCCUGCUUCCUACAUUCUUAUCUGCAGACAUCCCAGUUUGGCGAGCGGACAACUACCCUCACCCGAGAAAUCAAUAUGUCCUGUGUAAACAAAACAAACCAGAAUGGUUGUGCGAUCCGGACGGUUUAUUGGACAACAACGCAAAAGACAUUCUAAAUUUGGUGCUGGAAGAAAUGAACGUUAAGUAUACGCUAUGCCCUUGCAGUGCCUGGGUGUGUGAGAACAACUCUGGAGGCUACUAUACUUCAGUUAUUUUGGCCAAGAAGAUCGAGACAGGCAGCAAUACCAGCCAAAUUGCGAUACUGAACAAUGCCAUUAAUUUUGUCUCUUCGCUCGACCAACGUUGGUCGUUCAACGAAGAACGAUGCGAGGAAGGAAUCAUUCUAUUCUAUUCUCGAGAUGACAAUACUUUACUGACCUACAGUGGUAAAACGGCACGCAAGGUUCUUACACUGGAACUAAUCAAGGAAAUUACCGAAAAGGCCGGGCAACAUUUCCUACCUGAUGAGAAUAUUUCUGUGGGUCUGCUAAAAAUGGUCGGAGACAUUCGUCAAGUGUUGAAUAAUCAUUAUGUACCACAAUCGAAACAUCUUGGCGGUGAAGAACUAAUUGGUUCUACCAUCAGACCUUUGCCUUACAUCUUUCUCCACCUUUUCUUACUCGUCCUUUCUGUUACCCUUUUUUCCUUCCUCGGUAACUAAGAAACCCUUCCUGCCAUGCCAGUCCCUUUCUGCUUUUUUUUCUCUCUGCAAAGUUGUUCAUCUUUUAACAACAAAAAACGGCUCCAACCAUUCUAUAUAGACACACAAAAUCGGUUUCGCUAAUAACGAUGAUAAGGAUUUUUCUUACACACACUCCAGAUUUUGAGGUCGAGGAAAUGUCUCCAUUGAGGUAAACCAAACGGUAACGGGUUCAAUCCCCAUCAGAAUCUCACAACUGCGCCAACAACCACCAAUUGUCAAUGAAUCUCACUCACACUUCAGUGCCUUCUCUGUUUGCAGUAACAUUUCAUUGUGGAGAGCAAUACUGUUAUACAAUAAUAACAACCAGAACCAGUAUCGAUUAAUUAUCGAACCACUGGUUUUGGUUUAAUUUUUUUUCUUUUCUAUCGUUUGGAAUUAACUCUUCUUUGCUACUGAGACAAUUUCAAAAACACACACAAAUAUGUAUAUUAUAUAUGCUCACAUAUACACCAAUGGAAAUAUAUACACACCAGUGGGAAUUAUAUAUAUAUAAUAUAUGUAUAUAUAUAUAUAUAUAUAUAUAUUAGUGGAAAUGCAUAACAACCGUCUGAAAAGUAUGGAAGACAAGAAAGACCACCAAAAUACAAUCCUUCAAGACAGUUGGGAGUUCGACAAGAAUGCAACCAACGUUUCUAGUAUUUAUUUGUUAAAACUUAUUUUUUGAUAAUUUUCGAUUUUAUAUCUUCGAAAUAUUGAGAUUUCACAUUCUCGGACUGUUAUCAGUAGUCUUCAUGUUUAGGCGAAUUAUAACAGUUAAAUGUCAAGAGAUUUUGUUAAGAUUAAGUUUGUUUUUUAGUAUAUUUUUCUUUCAGAUUUUUAAUUUGUUUUAGUGACAGCACUUAAAAUUUUAGAAAUAAUGUAU